AUGACGUGGCGUGAGCUACGGAGUAGGCAGUUCUGGCGAGCCACGAUGGCAGAGCUGCUCGGCACCCUGGUGUUGGUGAGCGCUGUGCUGGGUGCCUCUGUGCCAGGCCCUGGAGAAGCCCCCGGGGGACCCCUGUACACAGCUGUGGCAGUGGGUGUGGUGAUUGUUGCACUGGGGCACUGUUUUGGAGAAAUAAGUGGGGCACAGGUGAACCCUGCAGUGACUCUGUCUCUGUUGGCAACUCGGAGGCUAGAUGUUCUCAGGGCCCUUGUUUAUAUGGUUGCACAGUGUCUGGGGGCAUCUUUAGGAGCCGGGGCCCUCUACCUGGCCCUGCCACUGAAAACCACUGCAGACCACUUUGUCAACAGGGUGCCUAUAGAGUUGAAUGCAGCCCAGGCGCUGGGCAUAGAGGUUUUGUGCACCUUCCAGAUGGUGUUCACUGUGUUCUCAGUGGAGGACCAGCGACGGAGGGAGAGCCCAGAGCCAGGAAACUUAGCCAUUGGACUAGCACACACUGCUGGGGUGUUCAUAGGGGCACGGUUCUCUGGUGCGAGUAUGAAUCCUGCACGUUCUCUGGGUCCAGCCAUCAUCACUGGCUUCUGGGAAAACCACUGGGUUUAUUGGAUCGGACCUGUGCUUGGUGCUGUACUGGCUGGAGUUUCCCACGAGUUCUUCUUUGCACGCAGUGCCUCUCGCCAGAAGCUGGUGGCGUGCCUGACCUGUAAGGAUAUUGAAAUUGUGGAGACGGCCAGUAUGACCGGAUCAUCACUGUCCACGGUCACACAGAACGCCAUGAGAGCCAAACAGGCCAACAAACCAGAGAACAACUGA